CAGUAUGUGUGUGCGCGCAACCCAUGAAGAACAGAACAGAACUGGUCGUGUGCACAGCAUUACGGUUUCUGCAGAUAAAGAAUCAUGGCUCAAGCCAAAAUCUGGGUCCUGAAGCAGCACUUUGAUGGCUUUCCCAAAGACUCCGACUUUGAGCUGAAAGUAGAGCAGCUGUCAGAGCCAGCAGAUGGAGAGGUUCUUCUGGAGGCUAUUUUUCUUAGUGUGGAUCCUUACAUGAGGCCAUUCAGCCGUUUUCGAAUGCAAGCAGAAGACGUGAUGAUUGGAACUCAGGUUGCCAAGGUGAUUAAAAGUAAUAAUCCCUCAUUCCCUGUGGGCUGCCAUGUGGUUGGUCGAUCUGGUUGGCGAACACAUACCUUGUCAGACGGGAGUGAUCUCACAAAAAUCUUGGAUAACUGGCCUCAUGAUGUCUCCCUCUCACAUGCUCUCGGAGCCAUUGGCAUGCCCGGGCUGACGGCACUGUAUGGUUUGGAGGAGGUCUGUGCCAUCAAACCAGGAGAAACUCUACUAGUGAAUGCAGCCGCAGGGGCUGUGGGCUCUGUGGUGGGUCAGAUUGCCAAACUUAAAGGCUGCAAGGUUGUGGGAUCAGCAGGAGGUGAUGACAAGGUGGCGUAUCUGAAAGAGCUGGGCUUUGACCAGGCCUUCAACUACAAGACCGUCCUCUCACUGGAGGAAGCACUGAAGAAUGCUUCACCUGAAGGAUACGACUGCUACUUUGAGAACGUGGGCGGCCCUUUUUCGAGUGUCGCAAUUCCGCAGAUGAAGAAUUUGGGGCGUAUUGCUGUGUGUGGAGCGAUAUCGCUGUACAAUGACUCCACCCCACAAACAGGACCAUAUCAACAGCUAACCAUGAUUGUAAAGCAGUUGAAAAUCGAAGGUUUCUUGGUGGGCAGGUGGGAACAUAAAAACGAGGAGUCUCUGAAGCGCAUGCUGACCUGGAUGCAGGAGGGAAAGCUGAAGUGUAAGGAACAUGUCACUGUUGGCUUUGAAAACAUGCCUGCUGCGUUCAUGGGGAUGCUGAAGGGGGAAAACAUCGGGAAGGCCAUUGUUAAAGUCUGAUGUCAAGCUCUUCAUUGAUUUGCAUCCUAUACUGUAACAGCAAUCAUGCUGUUUGUGUCAGGAAUUCUUCAUUAAUAAAAUUUUUCCAUGCUG